AUGAUAGCAGGAUUGUCGCAAUGCGAGGAAGUAAAACAACGUGGGCUGAUUCAUGAGUCUGGAAAAGAAGGAGGGAAGAAAAUGAGUGCCCAGAAGAGGACUGGGUCAAUAUCUCAAGCCCGAGACGGGUUGAUCAAAGCGCGAUGCGCUGCAUGCAUUAUCCUACCGCCUUCUGUUUGA